AUGAAGGUACACAGUAGCAUCCCAUGGAUGUGGUUGGUGGCAUGCGCUAGCCUCAUCACAGCUCUACUGGAAGAAUCUUUCAUCGCGUUUGAAGCCUCGGAAGGAUCUAUCGAGCUUCAGGACGCGACUUUAAUCCAAGACGCCGACGACCCUGUAGGUAUCGGCAUUGCAGUCAAUAACCUGGCUGGCGACUUCGAGCAAAUCACAGGAACAAAGCCAUCCGUCCACUUGUGGACAGCCCAGGAAGGAGAUAAACUAACCGGGGCAACGGCAGCAUUUUCGACAAUCAUCGCCGAUGUUGCAAUCAUUGCUGGAACAGUCGAAUCAGCUAUUAUUCAGGAGCUUGUCAACAGCGGAAAGAUAGAAGUCGAGGACAUUGGCGGGAAGUGGGAAACGUUUCGAACCCAGGUCGUUGAGAGCCCUCUACCGGGGAUCUCCCGCGCUCUUGUCAUUGCGGGAAGCGAUAAGAGAGCUGUAAUCUUUGGCAUUUAUACCCUUUCUGAGCAAAGUGGACAGUCGCCUCUACAUUGGUGGGCAGACGUGCCGACAACCAAGCACACCCAAAUCUACGCUCUCAACAAGAUCACAACCCAUGGCGAGCCCAGCGUGAAAUACCGAGGUCUCUUCAUCAAUGACGAAGCACCCGCACUCACCGGCUGGUGGGGGAGGAAGAAGAACAACGUGGGCAACUUUACCCUUGACUCCGAGUUAUAUCAGCACGUCUUUGACCUGCUUCUCCGACUGAAGGCCAACUUCAUCUGGCCUGCGAUGUGGGCAAGUUACAUUCCUAAGCCGGGAAGGAUCUUCUUCACCGACGACCCAUGGAGUCAGCAAAUGGCAGAUGAUUAUGGCAUUGUCGUGUCUACUAGCCACCAUGAGCCCAUGCAGCGAGCAAGCAAUGAGUGGAAGAAAGAUCCAAAGGGCGACUGGGACUGGGUCAACAAUAAAGAGAACGUGGUCGCCUUCAUGGACGAGGGGAUUCGCCGAGCGGGCAACAAUGAGUCCUACUUUACAUUGGGAAUGCGAGGCACUGAUGAUGGUCCCAUCGAUGCCGAUGAUCCGAUUGCGGUCCUUGAGGAUGUCUUUGCCACAGAACGAGAGAUCUUGGCAAAGUAUCACGGAAACGUCACGGCGACAAACCAGGUGUGGACCAUAUACAAGGAAGUUGCCACAUACUAUGCAGCUGGCCUAAAUCCUCCUGAAGAUGUGACCUUGAUGUUCACUGACGACAAUUGGGGAAAUAUUCAACGACUCCCGACCGAAUUAGAGAGUGAGAGAGUCGGAGGCAUUGGAGUCUACUUCCACUUCCAGUACGUUGGCAAACCAAAGAGCUGGAAAUCUCAAAACACCAACAACUUUCCCAAAGUCUACAAAGAGCUAUCUCAGGCUUACGAGCGCGGCACCCGACGAAUCUGGGUCAUGAACGUAGGCGACAUCAAGCCCAACGAGUUACCACUUUCUUUUGCCAUGGACAUGGCAUGGAACACGAGCAGGUUCGGCUUUGCCAAAAUAACAUCUUACCUGACGGCACUCGCAACUCGUGACUUUGGUCCGGAGCACGCCGAAGAGAUCUCUUCUGCGCUCAUGACGUACAGCCACCUGGUCGGGAUGCGCAAGUUCGAGAUACUACAGCCCAUUACAUAUUCUAUCCUUAACUACCGUGAGGCAGACCGCAUUCUCGAGGCCUGGAGACAGCUAGCAGAAAAGGCUAAGGCUCUACACGAGGCCAUGCCAGAGGAUCGUCGCAUCGCAUUGUUCCAUAUCCUCACGUAUCCCGCCUUGAUCGGAUAUCAUUAUCAUUUCAUCGUGAUCAGCUCGGGAAGAAAUAGACAGUACAGCUACGAGAGGCGAAAUUCCGCAAACUUGAUCGCAGAACAGGUUCUACAGCACUUUGACGAUGACUUUGACCUCACCGAAGAAUACGAUACGAUGCUGGACGGCAAAUGGAAAGGCUUACUCACUACGCCAAAGUACGACAUGGAUCUCACGGACUGGCGGCCCUCGUCCAGCGACGUGGUCGCUAACCUUUCAUAUGUCCAACAACGGCAAGCAUUCGACUGGGGCGUCGGCGAGCUCGGCAUAUACGUCGAGAACUCCCUCAGCGCCUACCGACAAGGCCGGAUUUGUGGCUCUAUCCAUCCGGCAUUACCAACCGACGAGGGCUUUUCCCCAGUCUUGCCGGCUAUGGAACCUCACGGGCCAAAAUCCCGACUUAUCGAGCUGUUUCACCGUGGCGAUCACCGAAAGUCCAUCAAUUGGACGCUGGAGGUCCCUUACCCUUGGGUUCUUGUGCCCAGUACUUUCGGCGUCUUAUCCGAUGACAAACCUGAGGAGAGAAUCGAAGUCUCCAUUGACUGGGACUCGGUACCUACAGAGUUCAACGAGACCGUUUCGAUUUGCGUGGAGUGGGAUCCGGCUCCUUACUUUGACUUGAUCCAUAUUCCCGUGCUGAACCAUCAUGCCCCUGAGGGCUUCGUCGGGUUCCCUGAGACAGCCGGCCUCAUAUCCAUCGAGGGGCCUCACUACCAACGCGCAUCCGCCGAGUCUGAGAGUGAUGCUGGCGUGGCUUUCACGCACAUCGAGCACCUUGGCUCCCGCUCAGAAUCAGGAUCCAUCGCCCUGAGACCAUUUACUGCCGCUCGGCAGUCCAGCGAAGCAGCUCGUGCCGCAUGGGUGGACUACGACAUCUACAUCUUCUCCAACAUCUCGAAAGCAAUCAACGCCACGGUCUACAUCAACGGUGCGCUCGACACAGACCCAAACCUCCCAAUGGAAUUCUCCCUCGCACUGGCGGAUGAUGGUGCUGAGGGUAGCGGCACCGCGAACUUCACACGCGUGCUUGGCGACCCUGCUACGCCGGGUGAUACACCCCCAGAGUGGAAUGACAAUGUGGCCGAUCAUGUGUGGACAAAGGUCGUGCAGCUGCCGCGGAUGGGCGUGGGGAAGCAUACUCUUCGUUGGCAGGUCAAUUCGCCAGAGGUCUAUCUUGAGAAGAUCGUGUUGGCGGUGAACGGGACCAUCGCGGAGAGUUAUCUUGGGCCGCCGGAGACGGGAAUAGGACUUUGA